UAAGAAACGUGAACACCAUUCCUUCUCAAUCUAACCGUGACACCGUCCGACCUAGCUAGCGCUCACAGAAGCGAGUGAAGGCGCGGAUCGGAAGAACCGCAAAUCAAUAGAGGUUCGAUUUCCUUCCGAUCUCGUUGGCGGCGGUGGCCGGACUGUUGCGGCAAGGAUGAAGACGACUAAGGGAGGAAAGGUCAUGAAUCCUACCGAUGCCUAUCGGAAGGAGCUCCGGAAGAAGGAGCUCAAAAGGAAUAAAAAAGAAAGAAAAAAGGUUCGAGAAGUUGGGAUUCUUAAAAAGGAUCCUGAGAGCAUCAGGGAGCAGAUUGAGAAGCUGGAAGUGAUGAAGGCAGAUGGUGCUUUGGAUAAGGCCAGGAAGCACAAGAAGCGACAGCUUGAGGAUACACUAAACUUGGUUAUGAAGAAAAGGAAGGAGUACGAAGAUAAAAUGCGCGAAAAAGGAGAGUCUCCUGUUAUGUUCAGCCACUUGGGUCCCCCUCGGAGAAGAUCAAAUACAGAGGAGGAUGAGAGAGCUAAACAACCAAAGCCAGAGGAUUCAGUUUAUUAUCAUCCUACUCUAAAUCCAACAGGGGCUCCACCUCCUGGAAAGCCACCUAUGUAUAAAUCGUCAAUAGGACCCAGGAUUCCUUUGCCAGCUUCCUCGAGUGCAGGACCAUCAUCUUCGAAGUCAGAGCCUGAAGAAAGCAAUUUGUCUGUACCUCCUCCACCUCCUCCACCACCCCUGCCAGACUCUGGGAAACUACCUUCUGGGGAUGACUCUGAUGUUCCUUCAUCUAUACCUUUGCCUCCACCACCUCCGCCACCCCCAAAACCUGCAGUUUUAAGUGGAUUAAUGCCUCCACCACCUCCAGGUCCCCCACCUAAAGGAGCUGCGAUAGCUAAUGCGGCAUUACUGCCACCGCCGCCUCCACAGCCCCUUCGACCUUCUCUGCCACCUCCACCUGGAAUAGGUGGAAAUGCAAAUCCCAAUAAUGUGUCGUCAGAGGGCAUGAAUGUGAAAGAGGUGAAAGCUGUGCUUCCUCCACCUCCACCGCCACCUGGUUUGCCACCAAAGCUACACUCUGAUGCUUCUCCAUCUGCUAAUGCAGGCAAUUCUUUUGCUAAAAAUGAAAACCCUAAGAUAAUCCCAUUGAUUCCACCACCUCCACCUCCUUUACCCCAAGGAAUUCCCUAUCCAAAUAUGCAAACUGAUAUGAUGCCCCCAGGCAUGUCAAGGUUCCCUCCACCUCCACCACCACCACCUCCACUGGAUAUGAGGCCACCACUUCCCAUCCCUGGACUUCCUAAUAGACCUCCUCCACCUCCUCCUGGUAUGGCUGCGCCACCAUUCCCAAGGCCACCUUUUUCUGCACCUCCUGGGCCACCUCCAAUGCUGAGACCUCCAAUGCCUACAGGUCCUCCUCCCAACCAAGAUGAUGAUCUUGCUGCUUUAAUGCCCUCUGCUCCUCAAAAACCAUCUUAUGUAAAGUCAGCAGCAUCCACAGUUGUAAAAAGACCACUAGCGCAGCAUACCCCUGAACUUACAGCUAUGAUCCCAGCCUCUGUACGUGUGAGGAGAGAAAGUGUGCUUCCAAAAACAAAGCCCAAGCCACUUCUCUCGGCAGCCCCUUCGCCUUCUCGGCCAGCUCUCACCACUUCAAUUACCAAGCCAGAGACAUCAACUGCUGCUUCAGCACCAAAGAUGCAGAGCAUUGAUGACUCAUACGUAGCUUUCUUGGAAGACAUGAAAGCACUUGGUGCUCUUGAUGAUUGAGAAGAUAGCAAAACACCUAGUAAUGAUCAUCAUCAAUUGAUAAUUGGUGGGUAUUUUACUGUUUUUUGUAUGGGUUAAGUUCAAGUUUCUUGACUAUAUUCAGACCUCCAGUUGCUUAUUCAGCUGGAUUGGCUUCCCUGUCUUCACAAACAGUGACUCUAUCUCUCCCUACCUUGUAGAAUAGUUCAUGGUAAAACAGAAAUUGAUUUUACCAAUUAAUAUUCAAAUUUCAUUAUUACUGCUUGUAUAGCCUUGAAGCUUUUGUAAUUUUUUUUGGGGCAUAUUAGGGGAUUCGAACAUGGAUCAGCGGGAGGAAUUUCUUCUCUCAACCAACGAGCCGCAUGAGCGAUCCCGUCUGUAAAUUUGAAUAGAAAGUAGAACUGCUUUUAAAUUCCUGCACAUGAGUAAUGAUUUUUCCCCCUUCUACCAA